CCGUUGCUGCCCACGCCGCCUCCUGCAUCUGCAUCUGCCCACGUCCGCCCUGCGCGGUUCCUGUGCGACUUGUCACCUGAGCUGCAAUUCAAUCCAAUCUGACUCAACGAAGCUGCGGCCCGCUGCGCACGCACGCACGCGCACACGCAUCCAAGCACACGACGAAGCCGUCCUAUCGUCACGCCGCGCCGACUUCGCCGUCGCCGUUGGGUCGGAUCGAAAGGAGAGCUCUCACGUGCGGAAGAAAAGGAGAGCUGGGAAGAGAACUCCAAAAAGAAAGAAAAAAGAGACACCCCGCGCGUCGCCCAAUACUGGCUGGCACACCGGGCGCGGGUUGAAGCUCUGAUUGAUCUAUCGAUCGCUCUGCCGGCCGGGACGAGGAAGGAGGAAAAGAGUCGUUCCGUUGUUGAGGAUGAUGGUGCAGCAGGGAGCCAGACUGCAAUCUCCCCACAGCGCCGCCGUCGCCGCUUUGUACCCCGGCGCCGCCGCCGCCGCUGCCGCCGCACCAAGAACAAGACCAGCGGCGGUGGUGCCUCAGACAGUGACCGUGCCUGCGACCACGACUGCGACUGCGACGUCGCCCACGCAUGCCGGCAGCAAGAGAAAGGCCGACGCCCAGGAUAACAACAACAACAAUGAGCGGCUCUCCAAGCGACUGAGCCUGCUCAAUCUCGAGCAGAAUGGAUCAAAACUCUACGUUCCCGUCGAGUCGGCGGCUCAUCGACUCCCCCCUGCGGCCAGCGUCAUCGGCAACAACAAUAGCGGCAAUGGUAACAACGGCGACGCCCACGUAGGCGACCAAGACGACGACGUGAUGCACGUCGACGACACAAAGCACAAGGUCUACAUCUACAACAUGGACGACGAGCUCUCGUCGUCCUCCGACAACGAGAGCGACGACGGCAGACUCGUCUUCCUGCCAGACAUCGAGAAGCACCUGCGCCAGAACCGCAUCCCGCCACACGUUCUCGUCAACAGCGACGGGGAGCUCGCCGGCAUGCAGAUGGUACUCUACAGCGAUCCCAAGUCCCUCUCCGUGCCCGAGGAAAAGGACGGCGUGCGCAAGGCCAUCAUCGAGGCGCGGCACCGCGUCCGAGAACGCCAACGGCUGGAGCGGGAGUGCGCCACCAUGAUCGACGACGGCCCAGUCGCCGGGACCCCGGCGCUGCAAGUCGACACGACACAAAGCGCCGCUGCGGACAGCGACUACGACGACGACGCGAUGGAUAUGGACUAGACACGAUAUACCCUGAUUACGCUGGCGUUUUGGAAUAACAGCACACCUAAUCUGCUAAAACUACCUGACUCUUUAGCGAGCGCAAUACAACAAUGCUUUCCACGAAUUCCCGGGGCUGCUUCGUUCCACCAAGGAUCGACAGAGAUGAGACCUGCUUUAUCUUGCAAUCUUCCUUGCUCCAACCCAGACCUUCUCCCUGGCGUGUCCAGAACUCACACCUCCUCUCUUCACCGCAU